CUUUGAGUUCCCCUGACAAGUUUCCUCCGCUUGAUGUGGUCCGAUCUGUUGAAGCGGCGGUGAGGAUGCAGUGCAGGCUGGAGGCCGCAGACAGGCUCGCCAGGGAGUUUGUGAGGACGGGAUCUGCUGUCAGAAAUAAAAUGGUGAAAAACUGGGGAGUGAUUGGUGGCGUAGCAGCCGCCGUGGCUGCUGGAGUUUAUGUGCUCUGGGGACCCGUCACAGAGAGAAAGAAACGGAAGAAAGGCAUGGUACCUGGGCUCCUGAACUUGGGGAACACCUGCUUUAUGAACUCCCUGCUUCAAGGCUUGGCGGCGUGUCCCUCCUUUAUCCGCUGGCUGGAGGAGUUCACAGGGGGGUACAACCAAGACCAGAACCAGCAGCAACAGCACCCCAAGUUGGCCAGAACACUCCUGCAGCUUCUCAAGGCGUUGUCCACGCAGGAGCUGGCGGAAGGUGAUGUCCUGGAUGCAGGGAAGCUGCUGGAGGUCCUCAGGAGUUACAGAUGGAAGAUCAGCUCAUUUGAAGAGCAGGAUGCACAUGAGCUCUUCCACGUGCUCACUUCCUCUCUGGAGGAGGAGGAGCGGGACAGGCACCCCCACAUCACUCACCUGUUCGAUGUUCAGUCUCUCGAGAGCGCCGCAUGGAUGGAUGAGAAAAACCUCAGCUGCAGGAGUCGAGGACCUUUGCAUCCAUUACCAAACUCAUGGCAAUCCCAGCAUCCUUUUCAUGGACGACUGACCAGUAACAUGGUGUGCAAGCACUGUGACCAACAGAGUCCAGUCCGGUAUGAUUCAUUUGACAGCCUCUCGCUCACCAUUCCUACGACAACUUGGGGCCGGCCUGUGACGCUGGAUCACUGCCUCCAACAUUUCAUCUCUUCAGAGACGAUCAAAGAUGUGGAGUGUGAGAAUUGCACCAAGAUCCAUGCAGGUGGAUUGUUAAAUGGACAGGUUGUGGAAAGCCAGAGGUCAACUUUUAUCAAGCAGCUCAAACUGGGGAAGCUGCCCCAGUGCCUGUGUAUUCACCUGCAGAGGCUGACCUGGUCCAGCCAAGGCACGCCUAUCAAGCGGCAGGAGCAUGUGCACUUCACAGAGUUCCUGUCCAUGGACUCCUACAAGCACAGAACGGCGGGUCAAAGGUCACAGCGACAGAACCGGGCAGCCAGGCCGAGCAUUCCAGAGGAUACCAGGGUGUCUCCCAAAACCUCAGAUCCAGACCAAUCAAACAACAAAAAGCCACUGACGAAUGGAGCGUGCUCAGGAUACCUCCCCACCUCCACAACAAGUCCCCCAUUUGCCCUGACCUAUGAGUGCAGUUCGUCUGCCUAUCUCUUCCGAUUGACAGCUGUGUUGGUACAUCACGGGGACAUGCACUCAGGACACUUUGUCACCUACCGCCGCUCCCCUCCCUCUCCCAAGAACCCCUCCGCCUUCAGCAGCCAGUGGCUGUGGGUGUCUGACGACUCUGUACGCAAGGCCAACCUGCAGGAGGCACUCUCCUCCAACGCCUACCUGCUUUUCUAUGAGAGGGUCCGGCCAGCCCCCACCCUUCUGCGCCCAAGCCCGAGGCUGAUCCCCAAGGAGUGAGAGAGACACCAUAGAGAUCCUGGAGAUAGGAAUGCAUUGCCCCUGCCUCUGCCCUGUGUGUGAUCAGUCAGGUGGAUUCAGAUAACCAGUCUUGAGGUCCUUCCUUAACCACUGCAGUACUGUACUGAUGCCCCAUGUGUGUUGUGAACUUUCCUCUAUAGCUGUAAAACUUUUGUCUUUCCAAUACACAGGAACUAAUAAAUAAAACUUAAGGAGAUACAUGAUGUGCCACUGUAUCAGUAUUCAAGUUUUACUGUCAAAUGGCUAUACAUGAAAGGAAAGCAAUCGUGGCUCAUGGAAACAGACCCUACCCUUGAAGGUGGAUGUGCAAACAAGAUGCAGCAAGAUCUGUACCCACCCCAGCCACUGCUAGGGUGGGGUAGGGUGGAAUGGGAUGGGGGUGUGAAAAGGGUGUGAUUCUGUGGUACUGUUAUGUUAGAACAAGCAUCCAAGUUAUUGAAGUAAUAUACUGAGCAAUGAUUCAAUACAUGCUAAGGACUAUUUAUAUUAUUUUUUUUUAAAAUAGAAUAUAUAGAAAUGAGCAUAUUUGAAGUACACCUGCCUGGUUUGAUUCAGUCCUCAUUGUUUCAAUUAGCCAGAAGUGAGGUUUAACUCGACUUCCAAGACAGAUAUUGAAAUGUUUAUUUGAAUAGUUACUGGAAGAAAAGUUUUUAGUGUUUUUGUGCUGGCUCAGAGCUAAGAUUGAAUAUAUCAGUGCUGGUUUGCUGGGCUGGGAAAUGUAGCUGGUCUUCAUGUGGUGUAAUUGAGGUGUGCUUAAUGGAUGAUACUGUAAUUGAAAUGGGUGGGGCUGCUAUGCAAUGGGACGGAUGUCUUUAAUUUAGGGGGUUCUGUUAUUGCUGACUUUGCACACAAGCGUUAGCUUAUACUACGAAGACCCUUGGAUUGCAUUGGCUUAAAACAACCUAAUGCAGUCCACUGGAUUUGUAUUAUAGGGGAUUAAAUUUACAGUGUCGCACAAAGACUUUAGAAGAGUCUGGCUAUUGAUUCAGUCAACCAGAUAGCAGCAGCUACAAUGCAGAAAUAACCCACUGCGUUGUGCUGUUACCCAGGAUUAAUGUGAGACUGUAUGUGUGUUUUCCCAGUGAAUGUUUGUACACCUGUUAAUCUAUGCUGCCCAUCUUUGAUUUUAUGUAUCACCUGAGAAUAAUGUAUGAUGUUGGACAUAAAUGUAAAAAUAAAUAAAUAAAUAAAUAAUGCGCUAAUGUGGGUUACAAAUUAAUUAUAUAUAUAUAUGUGUGUGUGUGUGUGUUGUGGAAACUGAAAUAAUGCCAUAUAUGUAAUUUGAAGUUUUAAAAUAAAGGAAAUAUUAUUCAUAAUAAAACUGAUUAAAUAACA